CUGUCCUCCAGUGCUCCACGGAAACAAGCAAAUAUCAACCAAUCAGAAGCCGGUAUGACCAUCGAAAGGCAUCGAAGGUCCAGAGCUUUCCAUUCCCUUUCCACGGCCGCAAGAGUCAACGAAGGCCGCCUGGGCCGCUGCCGUUUCCAUUCAGGUCGCGCCCUCCUUCUCCCUCUGAAUAAAUCGGGUGAUCCUUCAGCCUGAUCUUCGACGAACCCUUUUUCCUGGGUACUGACAUCCAAUUCUUUGAUACCCAAAAGCAGCAUUCUGUCAUUUUCCUCUUUCUCUAGAUACCCAUAUCACCUUCAGCAACCCCUAAUACAAGUAACCACACACCAUAAUGUCGACUGCGGACGAGCUCAAGGCUCUUGGCAACAAGGCCAUUGCCGAGAAGAACUUUGACGAGGCCAUUGACAAGUUCACACAAGCCAUUGCCCUCGACCCUAGCAACCACAUCCUCUACAGCAACCGUUCCGCCGCAUACGCGUCCAAGAAGGACUGGGACAAUGCUCUGAAGGAUGCCGAGAAGACCACCGAGAUCAAGCCUGACUGGCCCAAGGGUUGGGGCCGCAAGGGCACAGCGCUCUUCGGCAAGGGUGACCUGCUGGGCGCAAACGAUGCUUAUGACCAGGGCCUCAAGAUCGAUCCUAACAAUGCUGGCAUGAAGAAGGAUUAUGAGGCUGUUCAGCGCGCCAUGCAGCAGGAGGCCGGUGGUGAUCUCAGCGGCGGUAUUGGUCAGAUGUUCGCCGACCCCAACAUCAUCCAGAAGCUCGCCGGCAACCCUAAGACGGCUGCCUUCCUCUCUGACCCCGGCUUCAUGGCCAAGCUCCAGGCUAUCAAGCAGAACCCUUCGAACGCACAAGAUCUCUUCUCCGACCCCAGGAUGAUCCAGGUCCUUGGUGUCCUAAUGGGUGUAGACAUGGAGUUGAGGGACUCGGAGGUGCCCCCUGGCGCCUCCCAGGAGGACGUCCAGAUGACUGAUGCCCCGGCCCCCAAGCAGGAGACGCCACCGAAGCCCAAGACGCCCGAGCCCGAGCCCGAGCCGGAGGUGGAUGAGGAGGAGUUGGAGAAGAAGAAGGCCAAGGAGGCGGCCGACAAGGAAAAGGCCCUUGGCACCGAGGCCUACAAGAAGCGCAACUUCGACGAGGCCAUCAAGCACUACCAGGCCGCUUGGGACUUGUACCCGGACAUUGUCUACCUCAACAACCUCGGCGCCGCCUACUUCGAGAAGGGCGACUACCAGGCCUGCAUUGACACCUGCAAGAAGGCUGCCGAGGAGGGUCGCUCUCGUUAUGCCGACUUCAAGGUCAUUGCCAAGUCGCUUGCGCGUAUUGGUUCUGCCUACGAGAAGCUGGGUGAUCUUACCAAUGCGAUUGACUUCUACAACCAGAGUCUGCGUGAGCACCGUACCCCUGAUGUUCUCAACAAGGUGCGCGCCGCUGAGCGCAAAAAGAUCGAGGACGCCCGCAAGGCCUACAUCGACCCCGUCAAGGCUGAGGAGGCUCGUGAGGAGGGUAACAAGAAGUUCAAGGAGAUGGACUGGCCCGGCGCUGUUGCUGCCUACUCCGAGAUGAUCAAGCGUGCUCCGGAUGACCCCCGCGGCUACAGCAACCGUGCUGCUGCUUUCAUGAAGCUCCUCGAGUUCCCCAGCGCCCUAGAGGACUGCGACAUGGCCAUCAAGAAGGACCCCAAGUUCAUCCGUGCUUACAUCCGCAAGGCUCAGAUCUACUUGGGCAUGCGCGAGUACAGCAAGUGCGUUGACGCCUGCACCGAAGCCCACAACGUCGACAACGAGUACCACAACGGCGCCAACGCUCGUGAGAUUGAGCAGAUACAGCAGAAGGCUUUCAACUCCAUGUAUGCGGCUCGCGAGAACGAGACUGAGGAGCAGACAAGGGAGCGCUUGGCGCGUGAUCCUGAGAUCAUGGGUAUCAUGUCCGAUCCUGUCAUGCAGGCCAUCCUCCAGCAGGCUCAGUCCGACCCUGCGGCUUUGGCUGAGCACAUGAAGAACCCCAACGUCAGGACCAAGAUCCAGAAGCUUAUCGCUGCUGGUGUCAUCCGUGUUGGCAGGUAAAUUGUGAAAUUGAACGAAAAGGGAAACGAAAAGGGGCAUUGGUUGGUCGAGGUUCAUAGCAUUGGCGCUUGGGACGAAGGUCGGAAUGGCGUGGGUUUCUUGAACACACAUUUUACUCCCUUUUGAAUGGGAGAUCAUACCAUCCCAUAAUGAAUUGCAUGAGAAAUGAGCAUCUAUCUUUACCACUUUUUUGUACAUUACAUUCAGUCCCAUGGCAAAAUGAAGGCGAUUCAUCAA